GUCGUGCUGCAGAAAGUCGCUGUGAUUCCACAGGAGGGUGACGCGGCCACCGACUCCGACUGAUAUUAUCUAUUGCAUCGACACAGAUUUCGACCGAGGGACAGAAACGGUUUGCUGCCCGUACAGCUUGCUGGACAUUUCUACAGACACUUUAAGGACCUGGCUUCGUGACGUUAUGGUAUUCUGUGGCGUGGACUAAAAGACACUAGGCCUGAAAUUACACAGACGUCGGUUCAACUUAAACUGCGGGCUUGGCUAGCUGCCAUUAGCGCGUCAAGCAUAUUUGUAUUUUUUAAUUCUCCGGGGUGUCGUCUCAGACUGGGAAAGUUGCGUGACGUACUAGCGGUGGCAUAGUUAAAACUGUGGAGUUUAUGUUGACUUUAUUUGAGAAUGUUUGAAGCAGCAGUGUGAAGAGCUAGUUAAGCUAGCUGCUGAGCUAUCAGAGGUAGCAUUGCUACAUCACCCAGCUUUGAUGGUUUAAACACCACAGUCAUCUUUUUAUGAAAGUUGCAAAGUGACAGUACAGAUCUUGCAUUAACAACGGUUUGCUUGUCUCCAUUUUGGGAGGUUUAAAAUUUUACCUUUUAGUAGACACUAUUGUACUUGUUUGUAAGUUGUCUUUUGGAUAACAGCACCAGGUGUUUGCCUAAGACAAAGUAGUUUUUUUUUUCUUCUUCUUCUUCUGAGCACUACCUGCACACAGACUAAUAUAUCAUGAUUUAAUCAUCUUUGGCCAGUAGCAUGUUUUUGCAUUUUAGAGGCUGUUUUGUCAGCUGCCAUGUAUUUUUUCCCCAAACAGGCUCUUGGUGAUCAGGAUCAGUUUUCGGUCUUCCCCUUUAAAGUAGUCACUAUUUAAAGGAGAAAUAAGUAGCUAGAUCAGUGUUUUCAUGGCGUAACGAACACGCUGUUGUUUUGGCUUAAGGAGUGGAGCACACAGGGUGUGUGUGUGUGUUGGGGGGGGGGGGGGGAUUGCUUAGUUACCUUUUUUGGUCUCCAUCACCUGUGGGUUCAGAUGUGAGGCACCAUGGGCAGCCAGGGCAGCCCAGUGAAAAGCUAUGACUACCUGCUGAAGUUCCUCCUGGUUGGUGACAGUGAUGUGGGCAAAGGCGAGAUCCUGGACAGUCUACAAGAUGGCUCAGCUGAGUCCCCAUACGCCUACAGUAGCGGUAUCGAUUAUAAAACCACCACUAUUCUUCUGGAUGGACGCAGAGUGAAGCUGGAGCUUUGGGACACAUCAGGACAGGGGAGGUUCUGCACCAUCUUUCGGUCAUAUUCACGUGGGGCUCAAGGAAUCCUGCUUGUAUAUGACAUCACCAACCGGUGGUCUUUUGAUGGCAUUGACCGAUGGAUCAGGGAAAUUGAUGAGCAUGCCCCAGGUGUGCCUCGGAUCCUUGUAGGUAACCGUCUGCAUCUGGCCUUCAAACGACAAGUUCCUACAGAGCAGGCAAGAACAUACGCUGAGAAGAACUGCAUGACGUUUUUCGAGGUCAGCCCUCUGUGCAACUUCAACGUCAUUGAGUCCUUCACAGAGCUGUCACGUAUCGUCCUGAUGAGACACGGCAUGGAGAAGUUCUGGAGGCCUAACCGAGUUUUCAGCCUUCAGGACCUUUGCUGCAGGGCCAUCGUGUCAUGUACACCAGUUCACCUCAUCGACAAGCUCCCGCUGCCCGUCGCCAUCAAGUCACACCUCAAAUCCUUCUCCAUGGCUAACGGCAUGAACGCCGUGAUGAUGCACGGACGCUCCUACUCGCUGGCUAACCCGACCGGCAGCUCCAAAGGCAACAGCCUGAAGCGAUCCAAGUCUAUCCGCCCCCCACAGAGCCCCCCGCAGAACUGUACCCGCAACAACUGCAAAAUAUCCUAACUGCCGGUGCCCCCGGUGGAGAUGGAUGUUGGACAGAAUGGAAGAUGGAUGUACAGAAAAUCUGCGUUCAGAUUAACUGCGUGGACUCGGUGGCACACGUGGUUGGAGAACCUUUGAGACAGCUUCACGUAGGCAACACGUCUGCCAGUGUUAACUACAUGUACAGAAUUCUUCACGUGCACACUGUUGGAUACCAUGCACCACAAAUCUCAGCUCCAGAUCAGUUCUUCACUUCUAAUAAUCAACUUUUAUUUUUCUUCUCCCCCUCUUUCAUCCUUUAUUUCUCUACACGCUGAAGUUUUAUUUUUGGGGGGGGGGGGAGGGGGGCAAUAAGCUAAAGAGCAAAACACUAAAAACCAGUUAGUCUUCAGCUGGCUACUGUGUCUCAACAUGUUGUACUUUGGUAGUUAAAAUCAUUUAUUUAUUGACAAAUAAUCUUUGAUUUGUUGUUAGAUUUUUGCACUAGAAGGCCGACUCAUACCACAUGUGGCCCCGACCCAGGUCUUAAGACCCCUCGUGUGCAGUGAACCGGAACAUGCACGCUGCAUCUUAACAGAACAAACGCCUGCAUGAAAUGUGAUGAUCACCGUGAGGUUUAAAGUGGAAUUACACAACAUCGUCUGUUCGCAGCCCUGCUUCACUCUGCCAGCCACUGAUGCUUGUUGCUAUGGAUACCACUCAGCCUGUAUUUAACAAUCAUUUUUAACUGUGGAGGCGUUUUUCUAAAUCUAUAUUAGGAAGACAAACCAAGCACGGUGUUUGGGGUGGGGGGUGGGGUAGUGUGUUUAACUCUUGAGGAAUUAAAGAGGAAGACCAAAGGGGUUUUUGUUUUUGACACCAGAGUUUGAAAGAGAAGUAUUUUGGGAGCUGAUGCCUCCUCUUCGUUCUUUGUCUCUCUUCUUCUGUCUCUUCAGGUUUAGAAUUUCACAUAUAACUGUUAAACUUCUCUAUUUGGGUUUUUCACCAAAACGUGCGCACACACACACACACACACACACACACACACACACACACACCCCUCCACCAGUCUAAGCUAAUUCUGCAGGAGGGCCUGUACAGAAAGCUCCACCCAAACUCGGGUGCUGUGUGACACACGCACACUUGCACACAGAUGCUCUCAUCACUUCCCUGCAACAAUGUGCACAUGUACACAAGCGUGAGCGUACAGUAGAAAUUAAGAUUCAUGCUGCGGCAGAGGUUUGAGACUCCUGGAAUGUUCUGAAUUAAAUCUGCUCAUUAUAAGUGAUGGUAGCCGGUGCGGCUUUUUUCUUUGUCGUUCAGUCGUGCGCUCACUUUUGCAUCGGCCAAAGAUCAUCAAAACCGAUGGACGCCACUACCAUUUGCAAAGUCGCACAAAUUAGUGAGGGUACGGACGCUACCACCAUGUUCAAUAUCAUUCCAAUGCCGCUAUCAUUCCAGUGAUAUCUGACACCAGAUUGGUGGCAGCAGAGCCAACAGGUGGUGCUGUAGACUGUUCAUCGCUGCUUUGAGUAGAACUUUAUAAAUCAUGACAUAGUGAGAUGUUUCCAUCUGGUUUUAUGGUCUGUGGCAUGGACACGUGUUACAUUUAUAAACAACACUUUUUAAAACUGCAACUAAAUGUGUCAAAACAGCAAUAAAUACUUUAAAUACAA